CCACACCAACUCUUCAGACCCGUACCGUCCCCCAUGUUCAUCACGAGCACGGAUCGCCGAAACCAAAGCGACAAUGACCGAAUUCGACCCCCUUACAUUUCUUCCCAAUCACAGCUGCCUGGUGCACACCAACCGGAAGGUCGGUGGCGAGGCCGGCGGAUUCACAGCUUACUUGGAGAGCCUGGCCUUCAUCGAAGUGCCUAUCGACGAGCGCUGCUCGCUGGCAAUGACCACCGUGCACAGGUCCCGCGCGAAUGUACUGGACCACCUGUACCGGGCAACAGUGGGGAUCGAGUACAUUGACAAAGAGUUUGAGCGAGAGAUCCCAUGGACCCUGUACAGGAGGCCGCUCCUCCCCAACACGCCCGACGAUCAGAUCUGCGCCUUCAUCUACCAAACCUUUCGCAAGCCAGGCGCGUUCCAAACCAUCAUCAGUUUCCGUGAGCUCGUCAUGAGAGACCGUAUCGCGUGGCUUGAUGGAGUUCUGCGGACACCAAAGUACCCCGGGCAAUCGGCAGACCACGUACUCGCCCCUCCUGCUCCAGUUCAGUCAACAGCCGCAGUGACAGUCCCAACACCUACUCCAACGAAUGUUCAGCGCCCACCUCAAGUCAGUCGAACUAUCGUUACCGAUCAAAGGCAGAACCCCAUCCCAGCAACUCCUCGCAUCAUCGAUAGGCCGAGACCCGUGGCUCGAGCUGCAGUCCUUCGGACUAUCAAUCAGACGCAGAACCCUAUCCAACCAACUCCUAGCAUCAUGAACAGGCCGAGGCCCGCCAACCUCGGUCUGCAACGCACAGCAGCGACGCCGCUUCUGGAGCUCAGCCCCCCGGCUCGAACCGCCCCGGCUCAACGUCCUACCGAUCCAACGCCGGCGGCUCAUGCCGUUCACACCCCUGCCGUUCAUAGUCCCGCCGCUGAUAUCCCCGCCACUCGAAGCCCUGGGGCCGAGUCUGCCUUGGCCAACCCUCCACCUCCGUAUGCCGGCGACAGCAGUCGAAUUGGUGCGCUGACGCAGAUCACUUACGAGGCCUUCGCGUCCCGUAUCGCCGAGCUCCAGGCCGAUGUCGCCCGCUCCAAUCGGGCGAACUUUGCUGCGUGGGAGGAGGUGAAGGCUUCUCAGGCUGCGGUUGCCGAAGCUGAAGCGCGCCUGGCUGUUCUUGAACGGCGAGCAGAGCUGAAGGCGCACCGAAGGAGCUGGCAGUUCUGGAGGCGGGAAGAAACGGCCGGCGAGUGA